AUAUAUGUAUAUAUAUAUAAUUGAUAGAAUGGUUCACUGCCCGGCGCACUCUAAAUAAACUUCAAAAACUAUUAUAUUCUCGAACAAUGCUGACCAACUUAUGCCUCCAAAUUAUUCCUCCAAAGCUCCCUUCUUCGCUCCAAUCACCUGCCGUUCACCGAGUUCAUCCGUCACCGCUUACUAAAACAACACCAGCAGCCCUUUCCAUUUCCACGUCCGUCGACGACAACCGCGUCACUACCACUAGUUAUAACACUAAUUUCCCAAUAACUUCCCACAACGACGUCGUCGAAGACUCCACUGCUGCAUUUUGGGACUAUCAGUUUCUUUUCGUGUCACAACGAUCGGAGACAGCCGAACCGGUAACACUUCGAGUCAUCGACGGCGCUGUUCCGGCUGAUUUUCCCAUCGGUACGUAUUACUUGACCGGACCGGGGAUAUUCUCAGACGACCAUGGCUCGACGGUGCACCCUUUGGAUGGCCAUGGCUACCUCAGAGCCUUCGUUUUCGACUCAUCUCGGGAGGUCAAUUUCAUGGCUCGGUACGUGCAGACUGAGGCCCAAAGAGAAGAGCAUGACCCGGAAACUGGCACGUGGCGGUUCGCUUACCGGGGACCGUUUUCUGUGUUGAAAGGAGGACAGAAGCUUGGGAACACUAAGGUCAUGAAGAACGUAGCCAAUACGAGCGUUUUGAUGUGGGGAGGAAGGCUGCUGUGUUUGUGGGAAGGUGGCGACCCUUAUGAGAUUGAAUCUCGAACGUUGAAUACCAUCGGAAAGCUUGAAGUGGUCAACGGCUGUGAUUCGAUCUCGGAUGUUGUUUAUAAUAAGGUCGAUGGUGAUGCGUGGGGAUUGGCCGUACGCCUCUUGAGACCAAUUCUAUACGGAGUGUUCAAGAUGCCUCCAAAACGGAUGUUGUCUCAUUAUAAGAUGGAUACUCGAAGGAAUAGACUUCUUACUGUGUCAUGCAAUGCAGAAGAUAUGCUACUUCCCUGUAGUAAUUUUACAUUUUAUGAAUUUGACUCAAAUUUCAAGCUCUUGCAUCAACGAGAGUUCCAGAUACCUGAGCACUUGAUGAUCCACGAUUGGGCUUUUACCGAUAGUUACUACAUAAUAUUUGCUAACCGAAUCAAACUUAAUGUUCUCGGUGCAAUGACAGCAGUAAGUGGGCUUAGUCCAAUGAUAGAGGCAUUGUCAGUGAAUCCAGGCAAAAUGACAACACCAAUUUACUUACUUCCUCGUUUCCCUAAUGAAAAUAAAAUAAAGCGUGAUUGGAGAGUGCCUUUGGAAGCUAAUUCACAGUUGUGGUUACUCCAUGUUGGCAAUGCUUACCAAACUUUGGAGGACAAUGGGAAUAAGAUGAAUAUCCAGAUACAUGCUUCUGCUUGUUCUUAUCAAUGGUUCAAUUUCCACAAACUAUUUGGGUAUGAUUGGCAUAAUGGUAAACUAGAUCCUUCCAUUAUGAACUUAAAUCAAGGCAAAAUAGACACAUUGCCUCACUUACUUCAGGUAUCUAUCACCGUAGAUGCUGCAAAUGGUAAUUGUGAAGUGGAGACUCAAAACAAAUGGAGCAAGUCAUCCGAUUUCCCAGCUAUAAACCCAGCAUUUUCAGGAACCAAAAACACUUACGUAUAUGCAGCAACUUCAUCAGGGUCACGUCCUGCUUUGCCUCAUUUUCCGUUCGACACAGUGGCCAAGCUAAACGUUGUAACCAAAUCCGUCCACACAUGGUCCGUUGGUAGCCGACGAUUCAUCGGAGAGCCUACUUUUGUUCCCAUAGGAACUGAAGAAGACGAUGGCUACCUUCUCAUUAUCGAGUAUGCAGUUUCAGUACAAAAAUGCUACCUGGUUAUAUUGAAUGCCAAAAGAAUUGGUGAAACCGACGCGCUUGUGGCCAGACUUGAAGUCCCUAAACACCUAAAUUUCCCUCUUGGUUUUCAUGGGUUUUGGGCAGCUUCCAACUAAUUCUCAUUUUAUGUUUCUUUUUCUUUGUUGAGGUUGUGAAGCAAUUGUACAGAGAUCAUAAUCUGACUUGAAAUUUAAAUCUCACAAUUUUAUAAAA